AUGAACGAGUUUGAACAGGCGUUGCAGAGCACCAGUGACAACCGACUCAUUGUGGAAACACACAUUCGUGUGAUGCGUGUAGUCUUUGACUUGCCGAUCUACAGCAACGCCGCCAAGAAGACAUUCAACAACAAGAUGCUCAACGAGCGCAACUGGCUCACCGUAAUGAAAGCUUAUUUCUCGAAUGAGAUAAUCAGACUGGAGGAAGAGCAACUCAGGAAAGAAGAUCGAAAGAAACAACUCGAGGAACAAAACAACAAGAUGAUGUUUCUUGCGAAUGAAGUUGAAGAAGAUAAUGAAGAUGAUAACAAUAACAAUAAUAAGAAUAAGACAAGUCCAACAACUACAACUAUAACAACAACUACUACAACAACAGCAGCAGCAGCAGCAGCAAGUAAAGAUACAGAAAUGACAGAUAAAAACAACAAUGAGGAGAAUGAAGAAGGUGAGGGAGAAGAAGAAGAAGGUGAAGGUGAUCAAGAAGAACAAAACGGUGAUGAAGAGGAGGAAGAAGGAGAUGAUGAAGAAGAAGGAAGUGACGAAGACUAUGAAGAUGAAUCAGACUUUAUUAUUACAAGUAAGAGUCCAGAGCAGAUUUCAAAGGUUUUGAAAAAGAGAUAUUACUAUAGAUUGUCAAUCGAUGAGAGAAUACAUAUCUUGGCGUACAUUGUCAAUCAGGCAAUCAGCUCUGAAAAGAUCAGAAACGCUGCCAAUACUGCCGCCACCAACCGAAAGGCAGCAAAUGCCGCCGCCACCAAAGCCAAGGGUAUCGAUGCACUCGCCGCCAAACUCAACACCCAGAUCAACUAUGAGAACAAGCGAUCCGCUCGUCUCAAAGCACUCUAUGGUGAUCGUAACAAUCAAGCACAAUACCAGCAAAAAGAAAAUGGUAGUCUAGAUAAUGUAUCGCUGGUAACCACAGCACAGCCACUUACAUUUAUACACCUCUCCGAUGUUCAUUACAGUUCAUUGGUGAACAGUAUCGAUAAUAAUUCGACUACUCGUUGUCUUAGUUUAGAUUUAGAGAAACAGGCAAUUAAUAGCAUAUCUACUAUCUAUAGAUAUAAUUCUCCGGCUGUUCAGGCAAUCAUACAUCAUGAAGGAGAUGAUCAUGGUGAACCAUACAUUGAAACAAUUCCACACGAUGGUUUAUUUGGUAGAUACGGAUGUGAUACCAAUAUGGAACUAUUCAACUCAACAUUAAAUGCUAUGUUAUCAGUGAAUCCAGAUCCAACUUUUAUCAUUUAUACGGGUGAUAGUGCAGGUCAUUCGUUGCCAUACAACUUUUGGGAGGAAUCGCAAAUUACAUUUGCCAAGUACAUGGCAGCGACCUACCCAGGAACAACUAUCAUUCCAUCGAUCGGUAACAACGAUGUCUUCCCAGACUACAAUGUAACCUGCAGUGAUAACAACCUUCAAUUCCUCUCGCAGGUGUGGAAUCAGUGGAUCCCAGUCGAACAGAUGCCAACCUUUUUGAAGAUGGGAGCAUUCGCAAUCUCACCGACACCCGGUCUUGUCGUACUCUCAUUGAACACCGUACUCUACUCGACCAAGCAAAAGACACUCUACCAAGAUCCAUGCGGUCAAUUCCAAUGGCUGGAAACACAACUCGCCAUGGCACAGGAGAACAACCAAUCCGUCUACAUCAUCGGUCACAUCUACCCAGGAUUGGAUCCGUUCUAUCAACAAGAGCAAUGGAGUAACAGUUAUAUUGUUAAUUUCUAUAAUUUAAUGUCAAAUUAUAAUGAUGUUAUUAAAGGUGGAUUCUUUGGUCAUAUUCAUAGAGAUGAAUUCAGAUCCCCACAAUACGUUCAGAAUACAAAUACUUCGGAUUCAUCUUCAUCGUCAUCGACAUCAGAUUCAUUGGAUCAAUCAAACAUAUCUUCGUACAACUCGAGUAAUCCAUACUUCCCAUUGUUCAUUGGAUCAGCUAUUUCACCAUUGUACGAAAACAAUCCAUCGUUCAAGCAAUUCUAUUUCGAUGACAAUCAAAACAUUGUAUCAUACGACACCUAUUAUACCGAUAUCUAUAUUUCCAAUCUCUUUAGUUUUACCAAUUGGACUUUGGAGUAUAGUUUUGCCGAGCUCUAUGAUAUUUCUGAUCCAUAUGUAGAUGGUUCAACAUUACGUAAUUUAGUAGAUUACUUGAAUUUGAAUCGUUAUCUUUAUGCAAUCUUUGACAUCUAUAGAACAAGUAGUUACGAAGCCGACAUUUCACCAACUUUUUGUUUAAUAUUGAAUCCAACCGACACUGCAUUCAAUAGAUGUCUCACAAAGAACAAUAUUAUCGAUGACAUUGUUCGUAUUAAAGAGACUAGACAAGCUGCCCUAACAAGAUUAAAACAAAAGAAAUUGAUUUAA